AUGACAAUAGCAACAGAUCAAUCAGUUAUUUAUAAAAACCCCGAGAUUACUCACGAUGAUGAUAAACCAGGUACAAUAGUCACAUUACCAUUUGGAUAUGGACCCUUACCAAAACAAUUAUCCAAUAAGAAGAUAUUUUAUUUUGAUAUUGAUAAUUGUUUAUAUAAACGUUCAACCCCAAUUCAUGAUAUGAUGCAAGUUAAGAUCCAUUCAUAUUUCAAAGAUAGUCUUGAAUUAAAUGAUGAUGAUGCUCAUGAAUUACAUAUGAAUUAUUAUAAGACUUAUGGGUUAGCUAUUGAAGGAUUAGUCAGAAAUCAUCAAGUUGAUGCAUUGGAUUAUAAUUCAAAGGUUGAUGAUUCUUUGGAUUUACAUAGUGUAUUACAUUAUGAUCAACAUUUAAGAGAUACUUUAAUUACAUUAAAAGAAACUCAUAAAUUUGAUUAUUUUUGGUUAGUUACCAAUGCUUAUAAGAAUCAUGCCCUUAGAGUAAUUUCAUUUUUAGGAGUUGGUGAUUUAUUUGAUGGAUUAACAUUUUGUGAUUAUGCUAAAUUUCCAAUUAUAUGUAAACCAAUGAAACAAUAUUUUUAUAAUUGUUUUAAAUUAACUCAAAUUGAUUGGAAUGAUCCAAUUACAAUGCAAAAACAAUAUUUUGUUGAUGAUAGUGAAUUAAAUGUUAAAUCUGCUUAUGAUUUAGGUAUUGGACAUGUGAUUCAUUAUGUUGAAAAAGAAUCUGAUUUAGAACAUAUUAAACAAAAACAUGAUUUUGAAAAAUAUUAUGGAAAUGGUGAUAAUUCUGAUAAAUCUAAAAUUAGAAUCAUUAAUCAUAUCUGUGAUAUACCAAGAGUUAUCUAA